AUGCCUAGUCGAGUUGCCGCCCGUUCGACAUCCACCGCGCGCAAAAGCUCUGCGACAGCAUCAAGUGGUCGCGCUGGCUCUGCGACACCAUCUUUCGCCGUCCCUGAAGAACCUGCGCUGCCUGAGGGCUCCCCGAAUCUCCGCCGGGAUGUGUGUGCGAUUUUCGCAGAUGCUCAGCGCUCGACAACAGGCCAUCGCAAACUCGUUGUCCGAUUGAGGAAGAUCCAAGAGGCUUGCUGCGGCAUCUCGCAGAAAAACUCGAAAAAGGACGGCAAAAACACUGAAGCUCCCGAAGAACGAUUGAUCCCAGGCGAAGAAACGAUACCCGAGAAGGAAUUCAACGUUGAAGUGGGCCGCUGUGUGUUGCGAAUUUUAUCAAUCAAGAAGACAGAACCCGUUGGCGAUCGUAUUUUACGCUUCCUUGGGAACUUCCUCACGCAUGCUUCAGAGAAGGAUGCCGAAAUUUUCGGCUCCGAGGCGGAAGAGGAUGACAUUCAGAAUACGCACGAGAGGCCGACCGCACAUUUGACCACCAGCCUUGUUUCUCUUAUAGUGCCCCUAUUGUCCGCCAAAGAUAAAAUCGUUCGCUUCCGCACCACACAGAUCAUUGCACAUGUUGUCAAUUCGCUUGACACAGUGGACGAUGAAUUAUACCAUACCCUUCGACAGGGUCUCCUAAAACGGAUUCGCGACAAAGAGCCCUCGGUCAGAGUACAGGCAGUCACGGGCCUCGCCCGCUUGGCCGGAAAUGAAGAAGACGACGACGAAAACGACGAUACAAAUGCGGCUCUUGUGGAGAAGCUUGUUGAUAUAAUGCAAAACGACACCGGAGCGGAGGUUCGGCGAACAUUGCUUCUUAAUCUGCCGCUGAUUCCAGCCACCCUCCCAUCCCUUCUCGAACGUGCCCGUGACCUCGACGCGCCUACGCGACGGGCCUUGUACUCUCGCCUUCUUCCUACACUAGGCGAUUUUCGACAUUUGUCUCUGUCAAUGAGAGAAAAGUUACUUAGAUGGGGUCUGCGUGAUCGUGACGAAAGUGUGAGAAAAGCUGCAGGGAAGCUGUUCCAUGACCGCUGGGUUGAAGAUUGUGCCGGAACGAACAACGACCCUGAGAGAGUUGGGCAGCGCUCCGAACCCAAUAUUCCCGCUCUUCUGGAACUUUUGGAGCGUGUUGAUGUAAUAAAUUCUGGAAUGGAAUCUGGAAUAGCGCAUGAGGCUAUGCGCAGCUUUUGGGAGGGCCGGGCAGACUAUCGAGAAGCGGUUCUGUUUGAUGAAGCCUACUGGGAAUCAAUGACAGCUGAAUCCGCCUUCCUUCUACGCUCGUUUAACGAUUUCUGCCGAGUUGAAAAUGAGGGUAAAUAUGAUAGCCUUGCCGACGAGAAGAUUCCAGUCGUUACCGCUUUCGCAAUGUACCUCCAUAAAUACAUGACCGAGCUCCUACAGCGCAAGAAACUUACCAAAGACGCCACUGAUGUGAAUGACGACGAAACUGUUGAGAUCGAAUUCAUCGUCGAGCAAUUGUUGCACAUCGCGAUGAAUCUGGAUUACAGUGAUGAGGUCGGUCGAAGGAAGAUGUUCUCUCUACUCCGCGAGGCUCUCGCUGUGCCAGAGCUCCCCCAGGAAUCCACGAAGCUCACCGUCGAGACGCUGAGAUGCGUUUGUGGACCCGAUGCGGCAGCUGAAAGCGAAUUCUGCAGUGUGGUAUUGGAAGCUAUUGCUGAGGUCCACGACACCAUUAUCACUGAAGAUAGCUUUGUUUCUGCGAAGUCUGAAAUCAGCGAUGAUGCCAGCAGCCGCCACCGCUCCGAAACGCCAAUGAGUGAAGAUGAGAAGCCAUUUAACAAGGAGGAGGCCAAGGCCAAGGUUCUCAAGGAAAUUGUGGUUAACAUGAAGUGUCUGCACAUUGCUCUCUGCAUGCUGCAGAACGUUGAAGGCAACCUUCAGGCUAACAUGAACCUGGUCACUAUGUUAAACAACCUGGUUGUGCCUGCUGUCCGGAGUCAUGAGGCUCCAAUCCGUGAACGUGGUCUGGAAUGUCUUGGGCUUUGUUGCUUGCUUGAUAAGACUCUUGCCGAAGAGAACAUGACGCUAUUCAUCCACUGUUACAGCAAGGGCCAUGAGCCUCUUCAAGUAACUGCUAUCCAGACCCUUUGCGAUAUGUUGACCAGCCACCCGUCUCUGCUGGCCCCUGUAACUCAGGCCGACAAGGAGACAGUCGCCCCGCCGGCGUUCCAGAAGCCAUUACUCAAGGUCUUUGCUAGAGCACUUAAACCAAGCUCACCGAGCAGUGUACAGACAGCUGCCGCCGCGGCUCUUUCGAAGAUUAUGCUUACCAAUGUCUUUACGCCUUCCGCGCCCAAUAUCCCUCAGGCCAUCCAAGAGUUCAACCAGAACGCCAUCGAGACACUACUACAGUCCCUCGUCGUGUCCUUUUUCCACCCUCGGACUCGUGACAACCCCGCGUUGAGGCAGUCCCUGGCCUACUUUUUCCCUGUGUACUGCCACUCCCGACCGGAUAACACUCAGCAUAUGCGUAAAAUUACCGUUCCUGUCAUCCGAACCGUCCUGAACUCGGCUGAAGAAUACUACUCCCUCGAAGCCGAGGAAGACAGUGAUGGCGAGAUUGACGAGUCUCUUGGUGAAAAGGAGCUGAAGGGACUGAUGACCGGAGUUAUCGGUAUGCUCUCGGAGUGGACAGAUGAGCGCAGAGUUGUCGGACUAGGCGGCGAAAGGGUUCUUGCUGGAGGCCCUGCAAGCUCUAAUGCUUGUGGGUUUAUGCAUCUCGAAUUGAUCAAGGACAUCCUGGAGCGAGUCCUUGGAGUCAGCUCCAGCACCAAUCGUUGCUCCAAGGAAGAACGGAAGCUCCUGUUCUCACUCAUGAGCAAGCUCUAUAUUGCUCCGCCAACAGCACCUUCUCGGUCGGCUUCUCAAAAUCCCGACAAUGACGACCAGUUCCGCUCCAGUGUUCGAAGCUCCCAGGGCGAGAUCAGCCCGGAAAACCUUGCUCUCGCGCAAGAAGUGAAGGAGCUCCUCGAUCAGACCAUUGAAGAAGGCAUGGCGGCAGAUGCUGCAGGACGCAAUGCUCUCGUCAAAGUCAAGAACGUGGUCCUCAAGCUGCUGGCGGCUCCCACGCGACCUGCCAGUGCACGAGGUCGCGAAAGCAGCGUCGACUCUGAGAGUGAUAUGGCGAGUGUCAAGUCACGCAGCGUUCGGGGUUCCGUCGAACCUGGUCUUUCGAGGCGCGGUGUAUCGGUGGAGCCGAGUAUCAUGGAAGAGGACGAGAAUAAUGAGGAUAGCCGGAUGACGGUUAUCAAGGAAGAAGAGCCUACAGAGAUGGAGGAAUGA